CUAACCUCUGCUGACGUUCUCGACGGAUUGAUGUGUCAAUGUCAACAUAUUUUGAAUAACUCAAAGUCAGGAAGAAGAUUCGAAUCUAUAAAGAAGAAAAGUAGUUAUAAAACGCCGGCAGGAUGUCCGGAUACACCGGCCAGGAAAACAGCUACUGGGCUCAAUCGCCGCCGUUGCCACAGGGCCAAUUCAACUUCGAACAGUCCGGUUUCGGUCAACCUAACCAACAAUUCGAAUUCCAGACGUUCAACGAGCAAGCAACUGGCGAUUAUUCGUAUGGGCGCAAGAGUUUCCUCGAUCCUACACAGAGCCCCUAUGGCAGCGACCUAUACACGCAGGACGAUUAUCCGAAAGGCACCGCUGGCUUUGGGGAGGAAGAGGAUGAGCCGCCUCUGCUGGAAGAGCUUGGUAUCGAUCCCGACAGGAUAAUGCAAAAGACUCUGGCAGUAUUGAAUCCCUUUCAUAGGAAAGGACAAAUCGAUGAUGCAAAUUACUUGAUGCAAGACUCAGAUUUGGCGGGACCUGUGGCUUUUUGCCUAGUCCUCGCGGCAUUUCUGCUACUGGCCGGUUCAAAAGCACAUUUUGGCUACGUAUAUGGCUUAGCCAUGACCUCUUGCAUACUCAUGUAUAUCCUACAAUCCUUGAUGAGCAGCAGCGCUAAUAUCACACUGUCAUCUGUCGCAUCUGUACUGGGCUACUGCUUGUUGCCCGUAGUUGUUUUAGCGGGUAUUAGCGUCUUCACUACAUUGCGAGGUCCGAUAGGCCUGAUUUUCGCGGUCUUGGCUGUCGCUUGGGCAUCAUUGUCUGCUUCUAGGCUUUUCUCCACUAUGUCGGGAGAAGAGGACCAGAAGUUUCUCAUAGCAUAUCCAUGUCUGCUUCUCUAUGGUGUAUUUACAUUGAUAAUAAUAUUUUAAAUCAGAAGUUGUAGAUGAUGUAUGUAUAUUUAUAAAAUUUGUAUCCAUUUUUAAUUAAGAUUCUCAGAUUUGAAUAAUACAUUUUAUUUAUGUACAGAUUGAUGCCAUUAAUUAUGUCAUAAAGUGAAAUUUAUUUAAGUUUGUAUUUUCUAUAAUUGCAUUAUUAAUAAUAGUGAACCAUUUGUAGAUAAGAACUGCUAACAGUCGAACGGUAUAUUUCAUAAUUUAUUAAGUUUUUGCGGCUAGUUCAAAUAAUUUGAACUAUUUUAAUAAGCAUAUUUUUGGAAAAAUAUACUUAUAUUUUGAAAGAAAGAAAAAAUGCGUGCGAACGGGUAUUAAGUUUAUUAAGCAAACAUUAGAUUAACAUUUGUUAUACAAUUUCUAAAUAAAGUUUAUGACUUCAA